AUCCAAAUUUCCAAUUUACAAUCUGGAAAUAUCCUUCACUAAAGAAAAUUAUUGAUGUUAAGCAUGCACAUUCAGAUUGUAUUUUACACUCAGCUUUGAGCCCUGGGGGAGAAAUUGUAGCAACUUUAGGUGAUGAGUGUUUGAAAUUUUGGCGUGAUGGUUAUCAAAUCAAAAUAUUUCAUUAA